UUCAGUGCUAUUACAUUUCACUGACGGCAUGUGCCAGUGUGGGUCAAUUUUCUGUUCUCGGUAACCAUAGACAAACCAAGGUCAAUGGAUCACAUGUAUUCAGUAUUCAUCAAUAGCGAAGCAUCGCCUGUAAACAUAAAUAUACUUAUGAUGGAGGGAAUACUGUGAUGUCGAAUCAAGCACGUUCAAAGUUAUGUAGGGACUUAUCUCUCCGGUUGGUGUUGAGGAGGUUGUCGGUUUGUGAUUUGGAGGAAGUUUCUACACGCAGAUUGUGAGAUAACGUCGGCAUCAACAAGCCGAGCAAGUGCAAGGUAACCGAACACUUCCCUCCCCGGCCAAUCGCAGUGGGCACGGACACGGGGAGCCCACAGCAAACACAACAGCAGUGAUUGGCUCAAUUUACCGCUAAUGGUUUUCAAUUUACUGUAAAGGGAAAAUCACUGCCUGGACUGCGUGUUGGAUACUACUGUACGUUUGGAGCUGCAAAGUUUCCCGAACGUGUGUCGCCCCAAAAUUAUGAGAUCGCUCCGAGGUGUAGGUUCAGGUUGCAGUACUGGAUAUUUCGUCAGACAUGCUCACCUAGCUGUAGGGUAGGUCUGGGACACAUUAUACCCACACAGUCUAGUUUUAUACGAUCAGCAGGAACGACCCAAGACAGGUGAGGAUAGGUACCUAUCCGUCGGAAACUUCAAGCCACACGGACGACACCCAGAUAAAAUUCAUUUUCAACACCUUACGUGAUUCUCCGCGGUCGUGAGGCCCCGCCCUACGGGACUUCCGCCCAAUCACCGGGCGGUAAUGCACCCCACUUGAUGGAGGUUUAGAUAAGGGUCAGACGCAGACACCAAUCCACGUGCUCGUAUCCAAUGAUUGAUGUCUGCGCGGGCCCCAUUUGCUUCAGACAUGGGCGGAUUUUCAUUUAAAUUAUCGACGAGUUGUUUUCCUAAUUAUACGUCAGUUUGAGUUUAGCGGCGAUCAGUACGGUGCCGGGCCAGGACGUGAUUCGCCUGCAGUUCCACUGCACUGAUCAACAGUAGAGCGUGUGUGCUGCUUGUGUCCCAAACUUUCCGGACUCUGCCCAUAGCCACUUUCCGCCAUGAGCGAGACGGAGACCCCAGUGGAGGUGAAGGAGGAGCCCACCGAGCUCGAGAGCCUGAAGCGGGAGCGGGAGGACACCGACGACGAGGAGAGCACCAGCGGCUCGGAGGACGGCAGCGGGGAGAGCGACAGGAAGCGCCACAAGUUCCCGAGCCAGAUCCGCGAGGCCGUCAGCAAUGUUUUGAAGGGGUACGACUGGACGCUGGUGCCCAUGCCGGUCAGAGUCAACGGAUCGUCCAAGUCGAAGCCCCAUGUCAAGCGGCCCAUGAACGCCUUCAUGGUCUGGGCCCAGGCGGCCCGGAGAAAGCUGGCGGACCAGUAUCCUCACCUGCACAACGCCGAGCUGAGCAAGACGCUGGGGAAACUAUGGCGUAUGUUGAAUGAGGACGAGAAGAGGCCGUUUAUCGAGGAAGCCGAGAGGCUGCGCGUCCAACACAAGAAGGACCACCCGGACUACAAGUACCAGCCUCGCCGGCGGAAGAACAGCAAGCAGGGGAACCAGGGGUCUGGGGACGAGGCGGGCUCCGAGGCAUCGCCCAUCUCGGCCAACACGAUCUUCAAGGCGCUGCAGGCGGAGUCUCCCACGGGCAGCGAGCCGCACAGCCCCGAGGACCUGAAGGGACCGUCCCCCCAUGACGGGUCGGUCGGCGUGACACCGAGUAGCCAGGCCCCACCCACCCCGCCGACAACGCCAAAACAAGACCAGGGCAUGACGGCGCUCAAGGCCGACGGCAUGAAGCGCGACUCGACCUCCAACACCCUCACGGCCAUCCACAGGGACGGUCCUCACCACCAUCACCACCACCCCCAGGGGCACGGCCAUCCCAACAUAGACUUCAGCAAUGUGGACAUCGGGCCUUUGGAUGUAAUGUCCAGCAUGGAGUCUUUCGACGUCGAGGAGUUCGAUCAGUACCUGCCUCCAAACGGGCACCCGGCGUCAGCCAGCGGUCACCACCCUUCCCACCCGCCCUACACAAGCUACAGCCAGAUGUCUUCCUCCGCUACAACCACCGUAACGUCGUCGUCUUCAUGGAUGGCCAAGCAGAACACCUCUCCCAGAGACAACUCUCAGGAGCAGCGUCUCCCCGUCAAGAUGGAACAGGAGCACCUUCCCCCUCCUCCCCCUCAGUACACCCCUCACCCUCCGGCCUCUUCCUACAACUACCAGCCACAGUAUUCCUCCUACCAGCACUCCCCACCCAGACCACAGUACACUGACUAUCCACCCCCUGCCCACUCCCCACAGCAGUUCUACAGUCCGCACCCCACCUCCUCGUCCAUCCCACCGCCCUACAACUACAUGGCACCGCCGCAGCGAUCCCUCUACCCCACGGUGGCAGGGGCGCCGUCAACAUGGGAGCCCUCCUACACGCAGCUCGCCAGGCCCUGAGCCUUGGCCGGACUUUGAACUCGGUCCUUCUGGGGUUGGACUUCCUCUGCGUGAGUGACCUAUCUUUUUACAAUGUGCGCUAGCUUGUCAGGACGCUAUCCGUAACCACAUCAUCCAUGGUGGGUAAGGUUACAGUGCUAAAUGGUGCGGGAGAGAUUGAAUGUACGUCCCGCGGAUCUGCUAUCUGUUGCGGGUCCUCGUGGACAAGACAUCUGGAAAAGUGCUACAAGCUAGAAAAUAAUGAGCCCAGGGCAGGACUGAGCACCGAUCUGCCGGAUUAGUACUGUGUCUGAGUGGCUGGACAGGCCCCCUGUCAUGCCUAACUUCCCAACUAGAAUUGGAGAUGUUCUAAACGUCCCACACAAAAGGGCUGAUCCAACAGUGCCUAAAGUCUACCAUGACCACUAGUUCUCAGUUGUUGUAUAUGGUCAGUGGGAAUGUACAUGACUUCUUACAUUGUAUUUUCAAUGACAUUGUCACCUUCUAAAAACAAAGUGUGAUCAUGUGUAACAUUUUGAAGAGUGUUUGGUUCAUGCUCCAGUAAGAAGGAAAGUGUAUAUAUUUAUAUAUUUCUGUGACUGUCUAGGAACUCAGUGUCCAUCAUGCUUCAUACAGAUAUGAAAUAUUGGCAGGAUCCUUUGGCUGUAUGAAUGACAUUCCAACUGUAUAAGCAGAGAGCCUAGCAUUUUGGCAACACUCGAGGGACCUAUAGGAAUGCAGCAAAUGCUCUAGUCAUACAUAAGUUGUUCAAGAGGUGCAGAUUUAUAUGUGAAGAAAUAUUGUUUGAACAUUAAGUAACAUAAAAAGCUUAUGAACUUUUUUGCUCCAUACUGAUGUGAUCUUCAACUUUGAUCUAAUAUCAUCUAUUCUUCUGAGAAGGAUUUGUGUACAACCUUUCCAAGUCUCUAAGCAUAAUUCUGUGACCAUUCUGUUUGAAAAUUCUUGUUGUUUGUGCACUAUAUUUUAAAUAGAGAUUUUGUUUUGUAAAUAGUUCUCAAGGAGAAGUUUACAUUAAAAAGAUGUGCAUUUAUUAUAA